AUGGCCAUCGAGGAGGAGAGCCAACUCGACCUCACCCCGACGUUCGGGCUCAAUGCGCUGGCGGCGCUGGCCACGGUGCUCGGCGGCUGCGUGAUCUUCAGCAACAAGCUGCUGCAGCUCGCGAGCCCCAUGUUCAUGGCGGUGCUGCUCAGCAUCUCGGGCGGCAUCACGCUCUUCCAGGCGCUCGUGGUGCUGUUCGCCAACUCGUUCAACGAGUUCGACGACGCCUUCAGCCUCGACGACAGUGAGAGCGGCUCCAGCUCCGACGACGACGACAAGGGUGCGGCGUGGCUGGCAGCCACAGGGUGCUUCGGCGGGGGGAUCCUAAUCAGCUACUUGGUCGACUUCAUCGUCCACAAGCUCACGCCCGGCCAGAACAUGAACGGCACGGCUCGGAUGCAGCCCGAACGCCUGUCGUUCGAGGACGGCCCCAUCGAGGUCAAGCCGCCCGUCGAACUCGUCCCGAACCAAGGCAGCGACGUGUUCAUCAAGAUGGACGAGGCGGCCAAGGAGAAGCUCCAGCGCAUGGGCGUGCUCAGCGCCAUCGCCGUGGGCAUCCACAACAUUCCAGAGGGCAUGGCCACAUUCGUGGCGUCCUCCGAGCACGCGUGGAUCGGUCUGUCCCUCGCUAUCGGUGUUGCGCUGCACAACGUGGCAGAGGGCAUCGCCGUCGCGGCGCCGAUCUACUUCGCGACGGGCAGCACGUGCCGUGGCCUGCUGUGGUGCUUCCUGUCUGCUGUUGCUCAGCACAUUGGCGGCCUCAUUGCGUUCGCGUCACUCGGAAUGGACGCCGACAACGAGACCCAGGGCAUUCUGUACGGGUUGUGUGCUGGUAUGCUGGCGGGCAUCGGCAUGAAGGAGAUCAUCCCGACCGCCUACAUGUACGCCAACGGCCGGAUGCACCUCGUGUCGGCCGGCACGCUGGGCGGCAUGUUCCUCAUGGCCGUCGGUCUCAUCUUCUUCAAGUACAUUGGCGUGUAA